CAUACAAGAAAUGGCAGUCGCAGGAUGUUGUUUCCGACGUAAUUUUGUCCGUCUUUCUGUGAAAAUUUGUCGGUUUUCAUCGACUUUAACCGGGACAGCUAGUAAGUAUUAUUUAUUUUAGUUCUUCCUUUCAGAAAAUUAAGGUAAUUCCAGAGAAUACAGUUAAAAGUUAGACUGAUAUUGUGUAUACUAAAUUUCGGAGGAAACCGGUUUCGGUUCGAAGAGAGGUUCAUUUCGCAAUUUUUCAUAAGCUUAAGCAUAGAUAUUAUUUUAAGAUUUAUUCUGUGAAUGGUCUGUCUUUGUUUCAUGCUGAGAACUUAGUCAAGGUUUUAGAAUGAUAUGAGAACGAGCAUACAUGUAAAAAUUAUGAUCGAUUUAUCAAACAUUUUUGACAGUUUGUCGUUUCAGAGGUAACCGGUCAUUUUGCCCCAAGUCAUUGCAUUUCGUGCCGGUUACUUAGCCCCCUAUUUUCGAGUCAUUAAGCGCGCUUCAAAUGUAACGUUCCUCGUUCUGUAAGCCGUAAAAAAAAAAAGCGCGCUUCUAAUGUAAUAUUCCUCGUUCUAAAAUAUGGGGGUACAGUUGUCAUUAACGGGGCAAAGUGACCCAAAAGCGUUUCAAAAGACUGGCAGUAACGUUUCAGAGCAUCAAGAUUUGUUUGUGGCUUGAUUUAAGUUGAGAUUUUUUCUGGCAAUAGACCUUUUCAUGAUUUUUUCAACUUUUUGUAUAGGCCAGUCAGAGAAAACCUGUUGACACCACUGAAAAGAGCACCUCAAUAUUAGUAAAAUUAUUGCCAAAUUUGAAAGUGAUAACAUCUUUAGCGAGCAAAGGUAUAGCUCCGCAAAGUUCCAAAAAUUUACAGAUGUUUGUAUGGCGGGGUGUAAGUUUGUGCCCCCCACCAUACAAAAGUCUGUAAAGUUUUGUGACUUUGAGGAGCUGUUUCUUCAUUAACUUUCAACAAAUCAAUUUCAAACUUAGCAGUUUUAUUAAUUUCAAGACACUUUUUUAGUGUCGACGGAUUUUCCCUAACUUGUCCAUGUCAAAAGUUGAAAAUACCAUGAAAAGGUCUAUUGCAGAGAAUCUGAAGAUUCUUGGAAGUACCAGCAUAUUCUGGCCACAUAUUUCUGCUAGAGUAAAACCCAACUUGUUGUUAUUGUUGUUUUUGUUUUAUGUUUUCAAGUUAAUAACAUGAAUUGUAUUUAUUUAUUUAUUUUAUGUAUUUUCAGAUGACAUAUUAAGAGUACCUCAUCCAGAUUUCCAUAGCCAAGAGGCUGGUCCUGUUAAAAAGUAUGAUGAAAUGGUUAGAAAUGGAAAGCUUAAGCUUGACAGAUAUCAACGACAGAUUGUUGAACAUCUCCAAAGAUUAUAUAGUGAAAUGCUUGAUUAUCAACCCAGCAAUACUGGGUUCCUUAGUAAGGUAGGGAAUGACUUAGAGUAUUAACUUGAUUGUUUUUUGAGUGUAUCAGUGCAUUAUUACUGCCAACCCAGGUCAAGAAUAGCACCCAAGAUUCCAAAAAAUGAAUCAAUUUAAUUAUUUGAAACUACAGUGGAUCUGUUAGCCACUGCAACUGCCACUACGCUUGCCACUGGCCAGUGCUGCUACUACUCCUAAUGAUAAUGAUAAUGAUAAUGCGAAUGAUAAUAAUAAUAAUAAUAAUAAUAAUAAUAAUAAUAAUAAUAAUAAUAAUGAUGAUUUAAUGAAAGAAGGAGAAUAUUACUGGUUUUCUAAAAAGUGCAGUCAGUAUAGGAAAAAGAUCCAUUGUGUGUGGCAAUAAAUUGUUUAAGUUGUUUUGACAAGGUGAGGUCUGAUUAAUGUACAGUUUUUGCUCAGUUUUCUACCUUUUUCUCCAGACUCCAGACUAAAUUCUAGGUCUUCAGAACCUAAAAGGCAUGUUUAUUUGUUGAAGUACUUUAAAAUCACUUAGAUGAUAAUAAGCAAAGACUUACUGCUGUAAAUAUUGAUUGAGCAUGAAAAAAUAAUUCUACACAUACCACUUUGAAUGCUGUAAUCUGUAAUUUGGCCUCAAUUUUCUUAUUUUUCAUAGAUAAUUCCAUCCUCGGCGACCCAGGGGCAGAUAGUGGAGACGAGGGAAAGUCUAAACAGGCGGGAAAAUAUGGCACAAAAGAAAAGUAAAGAACGGCCAGAAGAGCCCCUGGGGACAAUGUCUUACCAGACCAGUUCCAAACGGUCGCCGCCGUUCUGGCUUCUGAUUGGUGCCAGAAAACUUGUGUUUUUCUGGCACCAAUCAGAAGCCAGAAAGACGGCGACCGUUUGGAACUGGUCUGGUAAGACAUUGUCCCCAGGGGCUCUUCUGGCCGUUCUUUACUUUUCUUCGUGCCUUAUUUUUCCGCCCGUUUAGACUUUCCCUCGCCCCCACUAUCUGCCCCUGGGUCUCCGAGGAUGAGAUAAUUCUUUUCUGUUACUUCAUUUGUUCGUUUGUUUUUCAAGUUUUUUAAAUUAGGUAGUAAACAAAAGACACCCUCUGGAUUGUAUCUUUAUGGCAGUGUAGGUAGGAAUUCUCUCUCUACAAUAAAUGUUCUGUUCUAUUAGAGUCUCUAUUUUGACUCUGACAAAGAAACUGCACAAAUUGUAAGCUGUAGCUUAUAACCUUGUCUGCUUAUAAGCCUCCCCCCCCCCCAGUACCUGUAAACAAAAAAAAACCCUUUCAACCCUUUCAACUGGUUACAGUUAUAGUAAGCCCCCUGAAUAUAAGCCUCCCUCCAAAUGUAUUGAUCAGAAAUGUGUGUGUGUGUGUUUGCGUGUGUUCUGCCCACAGGUAGGUCCUUCCUUAUAGUUCUUGUUCUAAGGCGCACCUCUUGACCGUUACAUAAGGGCUGCCUUGCAUCCUUCACUCUAUCCAGCAUUCCCACUCGAGGCCUUCCAGGUGGCCCCUUUCCUAUUAUUCUCCCCUCGAUAGCUAAUGGGACAAGAUCACCAUGCGACAGGGUAUGACCAAGCUAGAAAUCAGAUCAGAUCAGAAAUGAAUUCAAUUUAUUUGUUACAACAUUUGAAAUUAAAAAAACAGUAAGUGUAACAUGUACGUGUAGAAUGUAUCCUGAUCAGCACUGCUAUAGAUUGUUUUGUAGUACUUUUUCUAUUCUGGUUACGCCCCCCGUCAGAUAUAACGCUCUCCAUCUAUAAGCCCUCCCAAAACCAUUACAAAGAUGUACAAGCAGAGGGUUUAUAAGUACAGAAGGUUAUUGUAGAUGUUGCAGCUCAAAAUGAAAUUCAGGUUUAAAUGCUUUUAACCUACUUUGAUUGGCUCAAUUUUCCUUGCCCCUUUAUCCUAAUUUAUUAUUCAUCGUGAGAGUUUAAGGAAAUUGGGAAGCUUUUUAACCUGAAUUUCAUUUUAAAUGACAAUAAUGUAUUUGAAAGUACGUACAUUAGCUUUGUUUAAGGUAUUAGUCAGUGUAGCAGGGUCCGAAAUUGCGCCUUCCUGGUCGCCAAUGCGACCAAAAAUUCAGUUCUGGUGACCAGAAUUUCAUAGUUGGUCGCCAGCUGGCGACUCGUAAAGCUGGUUGUCAUUGUAGACUUUCACGCUCGGAGAAACUAAUGAUUAAGAAUUGAAACCUCGAAGCUAUUUGCCAACAGGUGUCUUACUUUUCGUCCUGCAGAUAUUUUUUUGAUUUAAAAGUGAAACGAAUCUUCCUGUAAAUAUACCUCCACAACAGCUACGAUGAAUACGAGUUAAGCGCUUCCAAGCCGCCAAGGGGAAUUUUUGGUGACCACAAUUUGCCCCCUGGCGACCAAAAAUUUAUACCUGCUCACCAGUUGGCGCUCAUAUUAAAAAGUUAAUUUCGGACCCUGUGUAGUUGAGUUUUUUUGUGGUUUAUAUGACAUAUUGCUUGUACACACUAUUUUUUAAUCUUUAUUGUGCAUAAUAAUUAUUGCUUGAAGGUUGUGGCAAGACACUGUUGAUGGAUUUAUUUUACAAUGAAGUUCCCAUGGAAAAGAAGCAGAGAGUUCACUUUCAUUCAUUCAUGUUGGAUGUUCACUCAAGUAUGUUUGUUCAUAAGAUCACAUUGUAAAUUGAUUUUAUUAUUUUAUGCUGCUGACAACACCAUUUCGCAAACUGAUGAUAAUGAAGACAGCAGUAAUCAUAGGGUAAUGGAGAUAUUUCAAGAAAGGGUAAUGAUGACUUUAAGGUCGGUUAUUAAGUGGUUUUUGUGGUAGGAGUCAGAGCUGUAAAUAACAGGUCCUUCAUCAGGCAACGUUACACUGAAAUUUGCCCACAUCUGUCAAAACCCUAACUGAGGUCUGUAAUUGUUUUUUUGUGUGUGUACUGGGGGAGGGGGUACUCAACUCAGUUUUAUACGGGAGGCUCUGCACCGAGCUUCAAUCCCUUACCCUUUUGUAAUUAUAGCAUCUUUGACAGAAAAGGAACCCCAAAUUGUAUACCUGCUAUUGACAAAUGGUAUUUUUUUCACCUACCUAGUUUAGAUCUUUGCAUCCCUUUUAACUGCUGUAAAUGCACUGUCUUUUAAAUAUGAAUAAGUCACAAAACCAGAAUGUUUUCUCGAAUUUUUCACAGCCAUAAAAUGCAUCUGGUAGCUGUUUUGUGCUCUUUUACCAACCAAAAUGACAGAUUUCCAUGCCCUUUCAUAUUCUUUCACAAGUGAAAUCUCAACUACCCUGAAGCCUGAAGAAGGUACCCCUUUUGGGUGGAGCCUCCCUGUGUAGGCCAUUAUAGGGAGUAGUCUCCCUGGGUUUUUGUGGCAGGAGGCAGAGCUGCAAAAAACAGUCAUCAUCAGACAAUGUUGUACUAAAGUCUGCCCAUGUCCUACAAAAACCUACCUGUGUCUGACAUGAUGACUGGACAGAUGAUAUUACCAAGACUAUCAUUUUGUAGUUGGAGCUUGGAAAGUGAUUAGCAUGUUAGAUUUUUUAAAAAAUUGCUAUAAUCUGGAACUAUUAUUAAAAAGCUUUGAUUCAUAAAACGUAUGGUUUGUAGGGGUAAUUUUUAUUAAACCUACAAGCACUAGUGUGUUUGGCAGAAAGACAGUAUUGAAGGGUGGAUGAUAUCCUAAGUGUACAGUUGCGUACUGUUCAGGGCAAUUAUUUUCAAUGGCAGAUAGUCUUAUACAAAGAGUACAUUAUUGCCUUAAUUUAAGCAGAUUGACUGAAUUUUGCGUGACAUUUGUUUCAGGUAUUCACAAGUUGAAAAUGAGUCUCCCUGCACGGAACCCCAAGUCAGUGCGAGCACAGCCAUUUGAUCCAAUUCCACCAGUUGCUGAGAAGAUCAGCUCUCAGUGGUGGCUUUUGUGUUUUGAUGAGUUCCAGGUGAUAUGCAGUAAUAACAUCAGUACUAUGUCAGGCCAUACACAGAAGCAUUAUUAUACUUAGCAUUGUAUAAUUGUCAUGUUGAUGAAAUGACGAAUAAACGCUAACACAGUACACUAUUCAAGGCCUGAUAGCAAUAAAAACAUAACUCUCAACAAACAUGAAACACACCCCCUUUCACACGAAAAAGGCAAAAAAUUAAAAUGGGUUGAAAAAUCAUAAAAAAUCGGCUAGCGGAUUUUGUUUUCGCCAUUUUCCUCCACCGUGGAGCCUGGUCUUAGGCUACUAUACCCUGAUGGGUCACCUAACUCAAGUGUAGAUUUUACUGGUUCUUAUCUUACUUACCUAACGGAAAGAUCGGGGGAAGAGUAGACUGCAAAACAGUCGGUUUUUUCCUCAAAAUCAGUAAAGAAAUCGGUAAAGCGUGGCGUAAGAGUCUAACGCGCGCGAAGCGCGCGAGCCUCGCACGCCCGUAGGGCGUAUUUUUAGCGUCUCUCCCCAGUCUCGCUCUCUGUUUUCAGCCUCAUUCCAGACCUUUUGUUUGACUGCUCGCGCGUACUUGAAUACGCAAAAAUACGGACUGUUUUGCAGUCUAGGGGAAGAGGGAUUGAGGGAAGUUUACAAGCAUUGAACGUCACCCUUAGAUACACCCUUGUGUCGAAGUGGUUUUACGAGUAGUCAGUUUUGUUAUUUGCAGGUUACAGACAUUGCAGAUGCAAUGAUUUUAAAGAGAUUAUUCACUGCGUUGUUUGAGCAAGGCGUUGUGGUGAUUGCCACUUCAAACAGACAUCCAGACGGUAUGGUAGGGUUUAAGCAGGCAUAAAAAUAGUGGUACAAUAAACCUUGUUGCACUACAGUACUGCUGAAGAGGUUUUAUUUGAAUGGUCACACCAUAGGAAUCUAUCCACAGACUUUAAAGUUAGAACUACAUACCCAAUAAUUAUAGUACCAUGUUUCAGUACUACUGAAGAGGUUUCAAUGGUCAAACCACAGAAUUCCAUCCGCAGACUGAAAAGUUAGAACUACAUACUAGAUAAAUAGUUUAAAACUUGUUCCCGCCACUACGACAUUCUCGCUAAAACUCGUAGUAGAAUGACGACGGCAAUCAUGUUUUGCCGCCAAAAUGACGCUGGUUCACGCGUAUUGAAAAAAUAUCGUACUCGUAGUGGUACUCUUCAAUUUUCCGUGUGGCGGACACAUGGAGUUCACAUGGGCCUUUGUUCCUCCUUUUCCCCAGUUUCCUUUCAGGCGUCUAUAAUUAAAGGGGCUGUGAAUUGGUAAGUUAGUUCCACAUUUUGUGGCCAAAGCUGAACUGAAAUUAAAACAAAAUAUCCUCAGGCACCCCUUCUGAUACGUGAACUCUAAAAGAAAGGUAUCGAAUAAUUCUAUCAAUUGAAAACACAGCGUGAUCGGUUUUUUCAAGGUUGCAAUCGGUUUCCAUAUCAUGGCUAUCAAAAGCCAAAGUCAUGUACUGUAAUGGUAUAGAACAUUAUUUUGAACAAAACUGGACCAUCAUUUCGGGGUUUAUUUGAUCCCAGUGUGUAGUAAUGUGUGUUUAGGAUUUUAUAGUGAUACCAAAAAUCGUGGCACUUAUGGCUCCUUUAACAAGCACUCGCUUCAAAGGCUUUUUUAUUUAGCGUAAAAUUCCUCGAGUUAUUUUAUUUUUACUGUAUUUCUAGAUUUAUACAAAAAUGGUCUUCAAAGAAGCAAUUUUGUACCUUUCAUACCUAUUCUUAAGGUGAGGCAUGUCAUGUUAUAAGUUUUUAUCUACAAAAGAAAAUCAACUUAUAUAGACUUAAAAUCAUCUGUUCUUUCUCAGAAUUACUGUGAAGUUCUUUGUCUGGAUUCAAGAAUAGAUUACCGCAAAAUAGGUAUGACUUUUGAGCGUGUUUGGUUGUGUUUCCCUAUUUUAGGCAAGAAAAGUUAAUCGUAGGUAAACUCUGACAACGUGCGUAUUAUAUAUCUGUUUGUUUGGUUUUUUCUGACAUGCAGAUAUGUCCUUUAUUGGCAAAGUCUUCUUCAGGUAGGUUGAAUUUUGUUUUUCAAUAUAAACUCAAGCAUAAUGUUAAUAUGCCAUAGAAGUGCCAAGUGCCAUAUGGGUGAAUUCAAACCGGGAUCAGUUUUUGCUUAAACAAAGCACCGAUGGUAAAACAUUGUUGGUGGUUGGUGGUUUGUUCUUGAUCAAUACGCAACAAAUUGCUUCAACGCUGUCUAAUUUUCACUGUCUGAUGAAGGCCGGUAAAGUCGGUAGAAAUGUAGGUGAAAGUGAAAAAAACUAAAUUGUAUAUUGUUUUGUUCUUCAUUUGUGGCACUCAGUGGUGCAGGUAAUAAAAAAUGUAUAUUGAAAAAUUACUCACAAUCACUUGACUGAUUGUAAAUAAUGGUGGUGUUGUUUUUGUUCAGUUCUCUCGGCAGAACAACUGACUCAGAACUCGACUGGAUAUUCUCCACACUAGCGCAACAACAAAGGGAAGGUACGCUGUCUGUAGUUUCGUCAAAUUAAAACAAACUCAUGGCACUUUAUUGUCUUGUGACCUGCUAAUACUCUUCUCCAAAAUUGCGCGUUGCUGGCCUAGGUUUUGCUGUGGCUGCAGUGCGUUGUUGUUGUCUUUUGUUGGUUGACGCUUCAGCUCGUCAUUCCAGGGAAGUGAGGGUUUAAAAUGAGCUCGCAGAAAAGUCGCCUGUCACGCCAAUCGCCUAGCGGUGUCCACUUAAAUUACGCCAAAUAUUUCUGGUGGUCCUUACUGUUACUCUAGCUAACAUUACGUUUAAAUACUUAAUUCUGUAGUUACAUUGACAUCAAAUGGCCAAUUAGAAUGUAACGUGUACUACCUGAAAAAGUUGAUGUUUAAUGUACUGUAUACGUUAUAUUUUGCUGCCAACUCGUAACACUCUAAGGAAGCUUUUUUGUACAAAGCGACUAACGUGACGUUUCCCUUGUUGAAUGAACAGAGGAUGCCGACUGUAAACCAGGUCCAAGAGAUAUCAAGGUUGUUGGAUCAAGAAAGUUACAUGCACCCCAUGCGUGUGGAAGAAUCGCAGAUUUCACCUUUGAGCAGCUGUGUGCACAGGUAAUAUGCAAGGUUCUCGCUAUUAGAUGGUUACCCUGUGUAAGCUAUGGUAAUAUGUCAGUUUCGAAUUAUUGAAAUUCGUAAUUCGCUCCGAGGCUGAAAAGAAAUUGCAUUGAGAUUCAGGGAUGAGUAAUUGAUUUCUUUGUUCUAUUGCCCGCAGGCCCUCACCAAUGCGUUUUCAAAAGUAUGCAUUUUCGUUGUCAUGAAAAACGCAGCGAUCGAUUUGCGUCCACACUACCGUUUUGCUGCGUUUUCGACUGUCCAGACUGAAACGUUCGAAAACGAUAGAAUUGCACGUCGUGAUGUAAGUUGAACUCUAUGAGCAUGCUACAAACACACGCGCCUGCGAUAUUUUCGGUCACUGUUUUCAUUUUGAUGCGUUUUUGACCGUUUUUGACCCUCCACGCUUAAACGAUAUGUAUGCGUUUUGGUUUUGGUCCACUUUCAAGAGCGUUUUCUGAUCGAUGCGUUUUGAAUGAAAACGCUCUACGUAUUAGUGUGGACGGAAGGCCUAAGCGCAUCGAAAUGUAUUCGUUUUCAAACGAAAACGCAUUAGUGUGGAAGAGACCUCACUCGGCCUCCGCCCGAGCGAAAUAUGAAUUUUGAUAACAGGAAACUGGUGUAUUAGUUUUAAGUUUGUAGGUUAGGAAACACAAGGAUCCACGUUAAAAGGGCAUAUCGCAGUCGCGUGUACCAUCCGGACAAACUGUCAUGUCUAGUGCCCACAGAGGGUAUCUAACAGCGAAGUAUAGCGGGGAUUUGUUACAAAGCCGAAGUCACAUCAUCUGCGUGCUAUGAAAUGCUGGGAAACAAGAGGGGUAAAGCUUUAUCCUCUCUAGGAAAUAAUAAGUUAUGGCUGGCUUCUCGGUGCGUGAACACAAAGGGUCAAUUAUUUAAACGGAGUGUAGCCAGUGUUUAACAAAAACGCGUUUUAAGCCAUUUUCAGUUUGCCGAACGCUUUUAUGUAAACACCAUUUAACGUGAACAGUUUCAUUAGAGCAUAUAAGUUGAACAAGAAGAGCAUUUGUCUUCUUAAAAGAACCUACUAAGGAAGAGAUCUGGAGUUCCAAAGAUUUCCUAAACCGCGGCCUAUGUUGGACUUCGUUUAAAUAACCGACCCAGAGAGCUCCGGUUGUUGUCAGGCUGAACAUGGAGCGAUUUGCCGCGAAAACACAUUCAAGAGGGUUGGAGAUGCUCAAGUUAUAGAUUAUCAACACACGCACUAAAAAAAUUGACCCCUCAACGUAUCCCUAAUGGCAUCUCAAAAUGAUUCCUGGUAACUUCCAACGUUACUGAACUAUUGCUGAUUUUUUGGUUGACUAUUGGCAGAUUUUGACAACAAAGUGUUGCCACCUUGUAGUUUGUGUAGCUGGCGGGAUUAGCAGGCGUUAGCAUUUUUUGGCGUUGGAGCCGCCGCUGUCGCUUUGCGUGGCUACUCCGCCGCCAAGAAAGUGACCCCGGGCACAACAAUCCCGCCAGCUUCGCAGGCUACCACCUUGCAAUUGCUGGUUUUUAACCACGUGACAAGGCGUUCAUAAUGGUGGACAAAUCAUACUUUUUCUUUCUCCGAAUUUGUAUGAGAAAGAGAGUUUGACACCCUGCGAAAGGAAACGCCAUAGUUCUUGUCCACCAGCAUGGCUGCCGUGACUUCAGCAUUUCCCUAGAUAGGAUAUUCUCAUGCAAUAAUUAAUACUCGUGUAAUGUUUUUAUUGUUUUAGCCCAUGGGAGCCGCAGAUUAUUUAGCCCUGUGUGAGCAUUUCGACGUCAUCAUCCUUCGAGAUAUACCUAGAAUGACAGUGUUCCAAAGAACAGAAGCAAGGAGAUUCAUCACCCUCAUAGACGCAUUAUACGAUAAUAGGGUACGUUGAAUGGACAUUGUGGUGUAUACUGUCAAUCUUGUGUCCUUAAGGGUAUCUUUUACAUUUCAUCGUCUCGAUGUUUAUUUAUUACAACACUUUUUGUUCUUAUUUGGCUAGACUCGACUUAUAUGUUCGGCAAGCACGCCAUUAGGAGACAUUUUCAACGUUACCCCGCUGACCAACGAAGAUGACGAAUUCAAAAGAAAACUCAUGGACGAUCUGGAUUUGUCAGCGGUAAGCAAUUUUGACGUAAACAGAGACAAGUUGUUACGUCACGUUGCCAUAGUAGCAAUAUUUCUGGGUUUCAACACACCAUGGUCCUGCAAAAAAGGGAAAAAUUGACAUGUAUGACUUUCCUGUGUGUGAUUGCCCAUCAGGAACAAAACGAAGCCCAUACUUUUCUUCCAUCGUUCGACAAUUCAGAUGGCCGUCUCUGCCAAGAAAGAUUGAGAUCCAGAAAUCGUGCUACCUUGGUUACGUGACGUCACACUUUUCUCUACUGAGCAAAGAAGAAAGAGUUGGAGAAGAAAGAGCUGAAGAUGACUACCGCACAGGUUGUCGAAACGUCAUGUCACUGUCAACAACAACAUUCCUAUUCAGGACUACGUUCACCCGAACGAUCAAACUCAAUCUACUUUUGAAAUGACUCUUGGGUACAAACCUUUCACAGAGUUGGAACUGUUAAGCACGCUGAUGUGAUUGCUGGUUUAUUGCAAUAGUCGUAGUUGCUUUGUUCAACAAAGACUGAGGAUUCAAUCUUGCGUAUUACGAGAGAAGAAGCAAUUUGUUUUCUCUAAUUUUGUUUUGCACCAUAUACUGGGAGACCCCUACUACAACGAUAAACUGAUAAGUUGAAUAAGAUCGUUAGAUUUUUCUUUGGGGAUUUAGUCCUCCGCGGUAUUCGUGGCUUUCGUGAAUUUCUUUAUUGGCCUAAUGUAAGGAAAGACCGCCGAUCGAUCACCAUGUGAUUCACUUACUCACCGACAAAGCAUCACAGCUGAAACUAGCCACCCAUCACUUUUCAGGCUAUAUUGAACUAUUUUUCAUCACUUUACAGGCAAUUUUAACCAUCUAUCAUCACUUUUCAGGUUUUUUUUAACCAUCUAUCAUCACUUUUCAGGCUAUUUUUAACCAUCCACCAUCACUUUUCAUGCUGUUUUCAGCCAUCUAUCAUAACUUUUCAGGCUUUUUUUAACCAUUUAUCAUCACUUUUCAGGCUUUUUUAACCAUGUAUCAUCACUUUUCAGGCUAUUUUUAACCAUCUAUCAUCACUUUUAAGGCUUUUUUUAACCAUCUAUCAUCACUUUUCAGGCAAUUUUAACCAUCUACCAUCACUUUCAGGCUAUCCAUCUAUCAUAACUGUUCAGGCUAUUUUUAACCAUCUGUCAUCACUUUUCAGGCUAUUUUUAACCAUCUAUCAUCACUUUUCAGGCUUUUUUUAACUAUCAGUCUAUCAUCACUUUUCAGACUAUUUUUAACCAUCCACCAUCUUCCACCAUCACUUUUCACAACCUCGUCCCCAGGGCUUUUCCCAGUUUUUAAGGGAAAAGCCCUGGGGACGAGGUUGCACUUUUCAUGCUGUUUUCAGCCAUCUAUUAUAACUUUUCAGGCUUUUUUUAACCAUCUAUCAUCACUUUUCAGGCUAUUUUUAACCAUCUAUCAUCACAUUUUAGGCUGAUGCCCAGUCCAGCGCGAUAUUUACGGCAGAGGAAGAGAUUUUUGCUUUUGAGCGCACCAUCUCUCGCCUCACCGAGAUGCAAACCGAGCAGUACUGGAACUCACAAGGCUUCCGUAAAUCCUGGGAUGUGUUCAAGAGCUAA